UUUCCCUCUCACUUUUCACUCACUUUCUUUCUUUGGUUGGCCACUUACGCUAUACCCAUCUCCUUUUUCCUUCUCUCAAAUGCUAGUGGUUCUCUUCUUUUCUCUUCUAUCUAUCUAUGUAGUUUUAUAGCUGCUUAAAACAAAGAGGUAAAAAAAAAAAGAAAAAAAAAACCCAAAACAAACAAACAAAUUAAGACAUAGUAUGGGGAUGAGAAGAGAUGGACAAAGAAAAUAGUAUUCAUCACCAUCAUCAGAGUCCAUCUCUUCUUCCUAACAACACUACUAUCGCCGCUCCAUUAACCGCCAUCCCGAAAGAAGAGUCUCCUCGAAAACCCUUUAACAGUGGUGGCGGUAGUGGGGGCGGGGAUAGGUUAAAGAGAGAUGAGUGGAGUGAAGGAGCUGUUUCAAGCCUUUUAGAGGCUUAUGAAAGUAAGUGGGUUUUAAGAAAUAGAGCUAAGCUUAAGGGACAUGAUUGGGAAGAUGUUGCAAGAUAUGUAUCUUCAAGAGCCAAUUCUACCAAAUCACCAAAAACACAAACUCAAUGCAAAAACAAGAUUGAGUCCAUGAAGAAAAGGUACCGAUCUGAGUCCACUACCGAUGCAUCUUCAUGGCCUCUUUACUCUCGCCUUGAUCUUCUCCUACGUGGAAAUGGGGUGUCUCCAGCUGUUGCCGCCGCCGCCGCUGCCGCCACUACAUCUUCCCCGGCUCAGCCAACUUUACCUCCCAUGCCACCUUCUCAUCUUGCCACCAAUAACCCACCUUUAUUGCUCUUGGAGCCCACACCGGUGGCGGUGGCGGUGGCACCACUACCGCCGCCGCUGCCGCCACCUCCUCCGCUACCAGCUCCUCCACCUCUAAUUGGAACCGCACAAAAUUCACAUGGAUCUAAUGGGGUUGAGAGACUAACAAAGGAUGAUACAGGAGUUGGCAUGAACAAAACGCUCAUUAUAUCAGAUAAUGCAUCGGACAAGAACGUUAACAAUAAUAAUAACAACAACAAUAAUUCAAUGGACAUAACGUCGGACAGUAGUAGUACACCAGCUCUUUACAGCGAAAAAGCCGAAAAGAUUAGGCGCAGUUCGUCGCGAAAAAAGGCGGCCGCUGCAGCCGGGGCGGCGGUGAACAAGAUGAUAAAGAGGAAGAGGAAGAGAAAGCAAGAAGAGUUGGAGGUGGCGGAGAGUAUUCGGUGGCUGGCGGAGGCGGUGGUGAAGUCGGAACAAGCUAGAAUGGAAGCAAUGAGAGAGAUUGAGAGGAUGAGAGUUGAAGCUGAGGCUAAGAGAGCUGAAAUGGAGCUGAAGAGGACUGAGAUUAUUGCCAAUACUCAGCUUGAGAUUGCUAAGCUUUUUGCUUCAGUUGCUCAUGUUGGUAAACCUGUUGAUUCUUCUUUAAGGAUUGGAAGAAAUUAAUUAACCAAAUAAUGAUAAUAAUAAUAAUAAUGUGAUCACAUAGCUACUACGUAUAUACGUACACAUUAUUAUUAAGUGUAUACGUACGUAUAUAUAGUAGUGGGCAUGAAUUAGUUAAUAUGUAUAGAUAUUUACUUGUUAUAUUAUAUCUUAAGUUGUACUGAAGAAAAGAAAGGAAACGAGAGAAGUCUAGUUUUCGAUGGGAUAUAUGAGAGAGAUUUUGAUUAAUUAACAUGAUGAAUAAUCAGGUAAUGAUUAUUAUAUACGACGAGAUUAUAAUUAAUGUAA